AUGACUCCAGCUACCACCCGGAACCGGAUGAACAUGCUAAAAGAGGCAUACCAACAGUGCCAAGACCUGGACGCGAAAAUCGUCGCCAUGGCGGAUCUACAAGCCAGAUCAACUCUUCAGUACUUCGUCGACAACCAUUUCGAAAGAUGUGAGGAGUGCUAUCAGGAGUCCCUGGACUACAUGUCGGAGAUCCUGGAUAAGACAUCCUCGACCCAGGAGACAGCAUCCGAGAAAGGGAAUCUUCAACCAGUGAAGCUACGCUCGCAAUCGUUGCUGCCUCAAAUCCAGCUGCCGUCUUUCGAUGGAACCUUCGAACAAUGGGAGAGUUUCCGAGAUAAGUUUCAAUCUAUAGUAAUUAAUGAUAAUUCUUUGUCAAAUGUCGAGCGUUUGCAUUUUCUUUGUUCCGCUUUAACCGGCGACGCAAAAAAAGCGGUUAAUCAUUUACCUACCACCGAUGCAAAUUUCGAGGUCGCGUGGCAGUUAGUUAAAAAUAGAUACGAAAACAAACGCCGGUUACUUUCGACCUAUUUAAAUAAUUUGUUUUCGUUACCGCAAGUGACCUCUGAAUCUGCGAAAGAGCUCCGCAGUUUAGGCGAUCAGUUAAACGUUUCGAUACACGGUUUGAAAAAUUUGAAACGACCCGUCGAACAUUGGGACGACGUACUUGUUUUCCUCGGUACACAAAAACUUGACCGUUCCUCCCGAAAGGCGUGGGAGUUACAAUUCGGUGAUACAUCAGAAUUGUCUACUUAUGUCGAAUUCGACAAGUUUUUGGAGUCUCGAGUUCGGGCUUUAGAGUCAAUGUCGCCAAUAAAAACCGAUAAACCGGAAAACGUAACUGUUAAAUCAAAACCGAAAACAAUUUCAACGAACACGUCUACCGUGUCGCCAAUUAUAUGUCCUGCGCUUGAGCCAUCCGAACGGUUUAAAUUAAUUAAAUCCCAACGAAGAUGCGUUAAUUGUUUUUCCGCGAAGCAUGCGAAAGAACAAUGCCACAGUCAAAGAAGCUGUAAAGAAUGUAAACAGCGACAUCACACUCUGUUGCAUUUUCCGAUAAAACCGGAGCAGUCCAGCGUGAGUCAGUCAAAUCAGACGUCGGCUACCAAUCCGAAUUCAGAACUUGAAAUCAGCUCGAAUUCUGCGUCGCGAACGAAAACUAAUACCGGCAUUCUUCUUUCAACAGCUCGCAUCCGAGUGCACUCAUUGCAGGGUCGAACAGUACAAGCACGCGCAUUAUUGGAUCAAGGGUCAGUCGCAACUCUAAUAUCAGAGAACCUAGCCCAAAUUUUACGACUCCCGAGAAACAAACAAAAUACAUGCAUAACCGGAAUAGGAGGAAUACAGUCGUGGGCUAAUCACACCGCUCGCAUCACGAUUACUCCGUUGGUAAGAACCGAGCCUGUAUACUCGACAACUGCUAUUAUUUUGAAAACUUUAACACAAUACACUCCAAAACGACAUUCUUCCGUAACUAAUUGGAAUCAUAUUGCAGGACUUGAAUUGGCCGAUACAGACCCCAUGAGCUCAGAUCCGAUCGAUAUCGUUAUCGGUGCGGAUUUGUUUGGUCAAUUAUUAUUGGACGGAGUUCGGAAAGGUUCUACAAGUGAACCGAUCGCGCAAAAUACACACCUGGGAUGGAUCCUAUCUGGUCCUACGUCCACUCAUCCUCUUCCUUUCUUUAUAGAUGCCCAUCACGCUACGUUGUUAGAAAAUCUCGAUGCAGAUCUUCGCCGCUUCUGGGAAGUGGAAAAUAUCCCAACUCAAUCAGUGCUCUCACCUGAGGAAGAAAAAUGUGAAUUACACUUUCAAUCCUCUCAUACUCGUACGUCGGAAGGGCGUUACAUAGUUCGACUCCCGUUCAAGAGCGAACCCCCUAUAGAUUUAGGCGAAUCUCGUUUUGCCGCGAUGAAAACUCUUCUCUCUCUUGAAAGACGCUUUAAAAGCGACCAAGUAAAUACCGAAACUUAUAAAGAAUUCCUCUCAGAAUACGAAGCCUUAGGCCAUAUGGAAAGGGUUCCAACCGUCCCGGUUCAAACAACCAACCAAAUUUAUUAUAUUCCUCAUCACGCAGUUCUUCGCGAAAGUAGUUCGACAACUCGUCUUCGCGUCCUGGCAGUGGACGAAGGUCAUCAAUAUCCUCUAGCUCUUCCAGUAUUAAAGGAUCAAACUUAUGUCGACGACUGUCUCUUCGGAGCAGACGACAAAGAUCUCUUGCGAACAAUCCGCGACCAGACCAUAAACCUGUUAAACAAAGGCGGCUUUCGUUUACGAAAAUGGGCCAGUAAUGAUCCAACUCUGUUAAUUGAUAUCGAUCCGCGCGAUCACGGUCUUGCGAAAAAUAAACUCCUUAAGAUCGAGGAGACCUGCUCAGUUUUAGGCUUAGAAUGGAAUCCAGUGCUCGAUCACUUUCAAUUUCGAGUUACCAUUUCUUCGAAUUUUGCCAAUACGAAACGAACAAUUCUCUCUCAAAUUGCAAAACUUUUCGACCCGAUGGGGUUGUUAACUCCAGUCGUUAUACCCGCGAAAGUGUUUAUGCAAAAAUUAUGGUCACUCCAAUAUGAUUGGGAUGACAUUCUUCCUAACGAUGUUCUCCUAGAAUGGCAAGAUUACUACACUCAUUUACCAGAUUUAAAUAAGAUCACGAUUCCUCGCAAAAUAGCCAAUGGCAUCGCGCUACAUCAGGAAAUCCACGGAUUCGCCGAUGCAUCCACUAAAGCCUACGCAGCUUCGGUUUAUAUAAAAAGCGUCCUCCCAGAUGACAAUGUCUUCGUGGCGCUUCUCGUUGCAAAAUCACGAGUAGCUCCCGUUAAAACAUUAAGCAUACCGAGAUUAGAAUUAUGUGCAGCGGCAUUGUUGGCACGUCUUGUCGUUUUUGUGGAAAAUUCCUUGUCGCUCAUCCAUCACAAUGUCCACUGUUGGACUGAUUCAAGCAUCACUCUCGCCUGGCUUAGCCAACCUCCGACUCGUUGGAAGACUUUUGUCGCCAAUCGAGUGUCGAAAAUUCAGUCUCUUUUACCGAAAGCGCAGUGGCAUCAUGUUCCAACAAAUAGCAAUCCUGCUGAUUGUGCAACCCGCGGUCUAACGCCAUCGGAAUUAAAAAUCCAUUCCAUAUGGUGGUCAGGACCUUCAUGGUUAAAACAAGGCGAAGAACGUUGGCCAAAAUCCAAUAUCAGAAUAGUCGAUUCGCAUGAGGAGGAGAAAAUUCCAAAAUUAUUGUCUGCAGUUUCGACUACGGAUCCCUGGGAUUUACCAACGCGAUACUCAUCCUGGUCGAAACUACUUCGAGUGACGGCUUACAUACUUCGUUUUACUUCUAACCUUCGCUUCCGACAUACGAAUAAAAUUAAAUUACAACUCACCAUUAAGUCACUAAUAGCAGUGCCUCCUCUUCAACCCGACGAGAUUCAGAGAGCAAAAUUCCUUUGGUUGAGAAGAAUGCAAUCCGAGCUAUUUCCGGAUGAGCUUAGUAGUCUGUCUGCGAAAAAGACUCUUCUAAAAUCCAGCAAGUUACUUUCUCUUAACCCUAUCCUAGACCAAGACGGGCUUAUUAGGGCGAAAGGGCGACUUGCACACUCGCUAUUUCCUGAAAACACAAAGAAACCUAUUAUCCUACGCUCCCAUCCACUACUAUCAUUGAUAAUAAAUCAUACGCACGUAAUCCAUCUGCACGCAGGUUCGCAACUCACUCUUGCCUGUUUGCGACCUGAGUACUGGAUCUUGCGAGCACGCACCACGAUACGAUCCGUUUUACAUAGGUGCGUACCAUGCGCUCGUCAUCGCGCAUCCGUUCCGUCUGAGCUCAUGGGAGAUUUACCGGCAUCCAGAGUCACUGCGGUAGAAAGACCAUUCAUAAAUACAGGUGUCGACUACGCAGGCCCGAUUCACGUUCGUACUACAUCGGGACGAGGACACAAAUCGCACAAAGCUUACAUUGCAGUUUUUGUUUGUAUGGCAACAAAGGCCGUCUAUUUAGAUCUCGUAAGCGACUAUACAUCAGCCGCAUUCCUAGCAGCUUAUACGAGAUUUGUGUCCCGACGCGGAAUUCCAAAAUCCAUGUAUUCAGACAAUGGAACGACCUUUCAAGGAGCAAACAAGGAACUGAGAAAAGCUCACCGAGAAUCUCUACGAGAUACCAAUCUCCAUAAUAAGCUCGCCGUGGAUGGGGUCGCUUGGCACUUUUUACGCCCAUCAGCACCUCAUUUUGGAGGGUUGUGGGAGGCAGCGGUGAAAAGUGUUAAGCACCAUUUACGCCGAUCCAUCGGUACUCAUACACUCUCCUUUGAGGAAUUAACCACAGUACUGUGUCGUAUCGAAGCCGCAUUAAAUUCUCGUCCGCUCGUCGCCAUGUCUGAUUGCAUCGAUGAUUAUAACGCACUUACACCAGGUCAUUUCUUGAUUGGAUCGGCCUUAACCUCAAUUCCGGAACCAAGCGUACUACAAUUAAAAGAAAACCGACUGUCACGUUGGCAGUUAAUCCAGCGAAUAACGGAAACCUUUUGGAAAGCGUGGCAUACCGAAUACUUACAUACUCUUCAUCAACGUCCGAAGUGGAGAGUCGCGCAAAAUCUCACAAAAAUCGGUCAGCUUGUCCUCUUGCGAAAUGAAUGCACUCCACCAGCACAAUGGGAAUUAGCACGCAUAAUAGAUUGUCACCCCGGUACCGACGGGAUAAUUCGCGUCGUAACCAUUAAAACAGCGAACUCAACGUACAAGCGACCCAUUUCGAAAUUACGUUUCUUGCCGAUUGACAUUAAUGUCGAGUCUGACGCCCAACAAAGUUCUUGA